GCAGGACAGUUAAAUAAAGCCCCAAGCAUUGCCCCAGCUUAGGUAUUUACUCUUUAGGUCACAAAGGUGGUAAAGAUGGCUCAGCAGUUCGUGAAUAGCAAGAUCAAAGCUGAUAAGGUGGUGGUCUUCAUCAAGCCCACCUGCCCUUACUGCAGAAAAACUAUAGAGCUUCUCAAGCAACUGCCUAUUAAACUGGAGUCCUUGGAAUUUGUCGACAUAACAGCCCACAGCGAUACAAAUGGGAUCCAAAAUUAUUUACAACAGCUAACAGGGGCAAGAACCGUUCCUCGGGUAUUUAUUGGUAAAGAAUGUAUUGGUGGAUGCUCAGAUCUCAUAACCCUGGAACAGAAUGGCCAGUUGCUACAAAAGCUUCAACAAAUUGGAGUGUUACAGUAACUUCCAGGCACUUGGAAUCUUAUAUGAUGUGCUGGAACACACACCAAUUUUGCCUCUCUUUCAACGCCUCCUAUCUUGCCAGAACAUUUUACUUUAAUUUCUAAAAUGUUAAACCAGAAAAAGAUUUUUUUUCUCCUUCUGGAGAUGUUACUUCUCCUAUUAUCUUUCACAUUCCCAAAUGAUCUAGUAUUUUAUAACUUUAUAGUCAGAUCAAUAUUAAAAGGGCAUUCAGUUCACCCCAAAUCCUAUGGAAGAACUUCAGAGCACAUUACUGUAGUCCACUAUUUUCUUCAGUCCUCAUCUUGUGACUCCUAACAUGAGAUAAAAAUUAUUCUGGCUUAAUCUUCUAGCUUCUAAAGGCUUUUACCAGAUUUUGACUUAGGAUGGAAUGAGUUUCAAAUCAGAGAUUGAUAGUUUGGAAGCUGGAAAAGGCCUCAGAUUUAAAUGACAGGCUGAAGGAUGUUCUUGAAAGUGCUUUCUCCUGUUCUUCACAUUUUCUUUCCAUCUGCUAGGGUUCCCAGGCUCUCUUUGCACAGGAUCAUAGAUUUAGGGUUGGAAGAAGGGACCCGAGAGGCCAUCUGCCCUAUCCCACUCACCUCACAGAUGAACUGAGUGUUGGGAGAAGAUCAAUCUUGUAAAUGGCCUAACAUUCUGAAAACCUUAUUUCAGUAACUAUAGAUCUUUUUGGAAAUGCUUCAACUUAAAAUUUUGUUUUUGUUCUAGCAUUAACGAGCACUGAUACUAGUCACGAUUCUCAGGAAAAUAGUUUCAUGGCCUAGAAAUUCUGGUUCUAGAGGUGAUCCAUUGCUAGGUCAAAUUCCUCUCAGGUUCCUAAAAUCAUGGUCAUAAUAUACAGGAGAGAAAGGUGAAUCAAAUGUAUAACUCAGAAUUAUAAACAAAUAAAGUCAUAUAAUUUCAGUGGGCACCAACUAAAAUAAUAGCUUUUGGGUUCAGUUUUAUCGUCAAUAAUCAUGAAAUAAAAUAUAAUGAGUAUGCUGUCUUCGUUAUGUCCUAUUGAAUAAUUCCUCUUAAAAUCAGUACAGCGUGGAAGAGCAAAAAGAACUGUGGUCCAGAGAGAGUUUAGAAAACUCAUCCAAUAGUAGCAUAAGAAUAAAAAUAGAGAAAUAAACAAUAACCAAACCUCCAGUGAGCUUAUAGCCUUAAGAUAUUAAAACCAGGACACAAGUAGCUCUUUAUGUUAGCUAGUCUCUACUAGCCACUUAUCUCCCUCACAAACCAUCCAGCUUUUCCCCAGAACACAAGAUUGUCUGUAAGGAAUAUGUGAAUGUUAACAGUAGCCACCCCAUUGGUAUGUGUAGCCAGAAAUCUAAACCCCUAACACUGAUUUUGGUUCACUUUGAUGCCUGGGAGUUUGGGACUUGAUGAGAAUCUCUAGCACUUACCUCACAAUAGUUAAUAGUAGGUUUUGUGAUGUAUUUAGACUAGUCUAGCUUAUUAGGCAUUUUCAAAGGCAAUCAUUCACACAAUUCUAAAAGAAGUGUUGUCUUUCCACAGCAAACAUACCAAGAAAAGAAGGUCAGAUUGUACUUUAGCCAAAUCCCAGACCAACUAGUAAAAUUCAAAAGAGUAAAAUAAAAUGCUGGCCAGAUAACAGUAGUUCUCUCUAAAACUAUUUGAUAUUUCCUGGCUUUCAGUGAUUCCUUGGGUGCUUUGGGCAGAGCUGAGGGGGUGGGGAACAAAGGCAGCAGAGCAAGACCAAUGAAAAUGCAAGUUAUAUAGAGUCGCAACUCACACUGACAUUUCAUGCCAAGUGUUUCUUUGCAUUUGGAAACUCUGGAGGGGAAAAGACUCUCCCUCAGUAGCUUUGGAUUCUUCUGAUGUUUUUACAGCUUGGCUGUCUUCUUCCUUGCCUAAUGAUGGUGUUUGGAAUCCUUUGCAUACAGGAAUCUUCCCCCCCCCCAGGUUUGUUAAUUUGGGAAUAGCAUUUUUCAUUUAUUCACCUUUAUCAACUAAACAAUGGAGUGUUUGAUGUGGAGGGCUACAGCACAAGGGAGGUCCUGGCUGUUGCCUCCUUCUUGUGACCAGCCUUUCCACUGUCUCACUUAAAACCAAUUCACAAUUAAGACAUCACCUUCAUAAUGUCAUUGGUCCUCUUCGAGAACAAAGGAUGAACAACGUGCAUGGUGUUACGAUUGGUGUCAUACUACAUGUAUAUUAGAACCAAUCUAUACAAAUUUUGUAUGACUUAAUGCCGAUGAUAAAUUUUAACUGAUGUAAAA